UUUUUCUCUUUCACGGUGACGAAGAGCACUGUUUGUUCGUAACACUUAGACAAAAAGCAGCAGAUCCUAAUCAUAUUUUUUCCGUUCAAUACUUAAAGUUUAAUAGCGUGAAAUAAAGAAAUAGUGUAGUAACAAUUGUGCGUCGUAGAUUUCACAAGCUUCCUUUAGCAACAGCAGGUGCAGGGGUAGCUAAUUAGUGGCUCAUAUUGUGCAGAAAAGAUUGUGAUUUUUGUGGGUGUUGUGGAAAAAAUAAAUAGGUGUUCCUGUGAGUUGUGCAACGUAAUUAGAGGAACAGUCAGGAGUAAGCAGCUGAAACAGACGGGAAGGUUUGGUGUGCAUUACACAGCCCGUAGGUAGAUACAGACUACAUCAGCAGCAAAUAUGUCCUACGCGUAUCUGUUCAAGUACAUCAUCAUAGGUGAUACGGGUGUCGGUAAAUCCUGCCUUUUGCUGCAGUUCACCGAUAAGCGCUUCCAACCGGUACAUGAUUUGACGAUCGGUGUCGAGUUUGGAGCACGUAUGAUCACAAUUGAUGGCAAGCAAAUCAAACUGCAGAUUUGGGAUACGGCAGGUCAAGAAGCGUUCCGUUCGAUUACUCGUUCCUACUAUCGUGGUGCCGCUGGGGCACUACUGGUAUACGACAUCACCCGUCGUGAAACGUUUAAUCAUCUGACCACCUGGUUGGAGGACGCCCGGCAGCACUCGAACUCAAACAUGGUGAUCAUGUUGAUUGGAAACAAGAGUGAUUUGGACUCUCGUCGCGAGGUCAAAAAAGAGGAAGGGGAAGCAUUCGCCCGAGAGCAUGGUUUAGUUUUUAUGGAAACUUCUGCUCGCACAGCAGCGAACGUAGAGGAAGCGUUUAUCAACACUGCGAAGGAGAUCUACGAGAAAAUUCAGGAAGGCGUGUUUGAUAUCAAUAACGAGGCAAAUGGUAUAAAGAUUGGUCAGGCACAUUCGCCAACUAAUCCUUCCCUAGGCAGCGGAAACAAUUCAGGAGGCCAAACCAGCAGUGGUUGCUGUUAAAACUACUGGAAACACACAUCACUCACACACACACACACAUUGUUGCAAUGUUCAGUACUGGCCGAUUGGGUGUAGAAAGUCUAACCUAAAUACGAAAAAAAAGUUAUUGGGAACCAAUUGCACCCGAAACCGUACAGGACUUUGUAUAAAUAGAAAAACAAUGAUAAAAUUUCGUAAUCAGCUCCUAGAAACAUACAGAUAAUAUAGUUCUUACGGAGGAUUGGGUCUGUGCAAGCGGGACGUGAGUUGUGAAUGUUGUAAAAUAUACUUUUUAUUUAAUUUUUUUAAUACCAACAUAAAUCUGAUGUAGAUUAAAGACCAGACAGUGAGAUGAACUGAUCGUUUCCGUUUUGCUAUUCAAGUUCUUUAUCGAAAAUAGGAUGAAAAAGGCCACAUCUUUUUACGAUGCUAAUAACCGUUAAGGUGCGUUCAGCUCUAACUGAAUUGUCUCUUCUUGCUAUUUGAAACGAUAGCGUUUAACGGGCUACCAAUUAAAUCAAUUAUCUAACUGCAUGUUUAGUAAUAUUUUAAAAUAAAAUCAUUAUAACAACCACGAAUUACCAUUGAAUUUCUAGUGUAAUCCUGAACCGUAAAUGCAAUCGUUUAUUGAUCAAUAUAGGAAUGAAAAGCUUUUACCAAAUCCGAUUCCUUGAGUUAAAAACUGAAUUGACGUCAACAAGAAAAUUACUGACUCCAUUUAGGUACGAUCAACAUCGGAGCUACAUCCAUUCCACAGAUCUACCCUUUCUAUGGAUAGGAGAAAAAAUCUUCCGAAAACACUACUGUCUAUUAUAAUUUAAUGUAUGUCCAACCAAAAAACUGUAUUGCUCUGAAUCAAUGUGAUGUGCAUUUUACGAAUACUGAGAACAAAAUUACCCCUACUGGUCGGUUUUAGAAAUUACGCAUUUGUGUUAAAGAAUCUAAGCAUAACAGUAAAGCGAUUUGGGGCUUUUCGAUCGUAAACUUUUCAGUUAGGAUCGAUUGAGGUUUAAAACAAAUUACAAUAAAUAAUUAGUUCUAA